GCUCUUUCUCGCUCUUCGCGCAGAAGGCAAUGUUCUCCCCAGGUUUCAUCCACUUCGACGACGAGGUUGUCUCUCCUCCUCCGUAAAAGGAAUCGGGAAGCCCGUUGUGUGUCUCCUGUCGCACAGCCCCGGCCUCGCCUGGAGUAGAUAUCUCCGUUUCCUCGCGCCGAUUUCGUCUUGUUUUCUCUUCCUCUUCUUCUCUUCUUCUCUUCCUCGAAGCGCCUUACGCAGAUUCUUGGUCCGAAGAACUCGCGAGCGCAAUUCUCAGUAUUUCCGCAGUCGCCACUACGACUGCGGCUACGAAGCCGUAGACCUCGCUCUCUCCCUCAAUUCUUCCUCUCUGUGCUCUCGUCGUCUCGGUCUUUCCUUCUCUCGCGUCUGAAGAGACGACGCAGCAGAAGGAGUUCCUCUGCUCGCGCAUGCGUCUCUCCAGAGAGUCGAUGUCUGCUGCAGGCACCGAGGUCUUAACUUCCUCAGAGGCGUCUCCACCUCUGUGUGUCUCGGGAGAUCGGCCGCCAUGGGCCGUCUCUCUCUCUCGUCUUUCUGCCUCUUGCGGACCAGCUGCUUUUUCGCUCUCCGGGAGCUGAGAGCUGCGGCCUCCGCUCUGCUCGCAGCUUCUGCGGGUGUUGAAGAGGGCACUUUGGGGCAAGCCGAGAGACCGGAGACGUCUGGAGCUGCGUCGUUCUGGACUCCGCAGAGCCGCCGAGGCUCACCCACAGAACUCCCGAAAAAAGUCAUUUCUCUCUGUCACCAGCUGCGCUCCUGGGAAGCAGCCAACGAGCACCUGGCGCAUCUGGACGCGGAGCUCGGUGCACUUGAAGCCAGCAGAGCGAGAAGAAAGGACAUCUCACGAGAAGACGCAAACGGAGGGGAAGGCGUUCGAGACGGAGAGCUGGCAGGGAGAACGGACAAAGGUGACAGAGAGAAAGAGCAGCAGGAGGAAGAAGAGUUGAGUCUUCUGCUGCAACACGAACGCGAAGCGACGCAAGAGCGACUGAGAGAGGUGGAAGCGUCCAUCGAGAAAACCGCUCUGUUGCCAGAGAAAGAAUCACGGAAUGAAAAUGUCGCCAUCGUGGAGAUUCGCCCAGCUGCGGGAGGCGAGGAGGCCCAACUCUGGGCCACAGAUCUAGCCGAAAUGUACACGCGUUUCUUCACACUCCAGAAAGGCUGGAGGUUUUCGCAACUUCAGCUAGGCGGUCCGAACGCUGGCUCGCGGCCGCCGACGCAGCAGAGGCGAGAAGACGCGGUCUCUGGCAAGCGACGAGCGCAUGCAAAUUCCUCCGACUCUGCCGCGAAGGACGACGGAAGAUCUGCUCUUUCCGGCGCUCUAGGAGGAGUGACUUGCAUCGCCUUUCGAGUAGAGGGCCCAGGGGUGUACAGACAGCUGCUGAAGGAGAGUGGCGUCCACCGCGUUCAGCGCGUUCCGCGCACAGAGGCUCAGGGGAGAAUCCACACCUCGACCGCGACAGUCGCGAUCGUCGCCGAGCAUAAUUUCCGAGGGGUGGAAAUCAACGACGCAGACCUGGUUAUUCGCACGGCGCGCUCCUCUGGUUGCGGCGGCCAGAACGUCAACAAGGUCGAGACGGCAGUCGAUCUGCUGCAUGUUCCGACGGGCAUUAGAGUCUUCUGUCAACAAGAGCGGACGCAGGCUGCUAACAAGAAGGCUGCGAAGGCCGUUUUGCUAAAGAAGUUGGCCGCCCGCCACGAGGAGGAAGUCGUGCAACAAAUGCGAGAAGAACGGCGAGACCAGGUUAGCUCGGGGCUCCGAAGCGAACGCGUUCGGACGUACAACUUUCGCGACGGACGUGUGAACGAGCACCGCCUGACCGGCGGGGAAGGUCUCUUCUCGUUAAAAUCCGUUUUGGAGGGGCAACUGCAUGCGCUGCAUGCGCGCCUAGAUCGACAGGAAGCCGAGCAGCGUGUGCAGCAGAUGGUCACCGAAGUCUCGGCACUCUUGAAGGCGAAGCGAGAAGAAGAAAAUGCCGCGGACCAGAGGGUCAGAACGCGAUAAAACAGAACGCAGAUAGAAACCACUGUGUCCAGGAAGAAGCCGAAGGAAGCCGGGGGGACAAGAAAGAGAUGAAACGCGAACAGAAUGAAGAGAGAACAGAAAAGAGGAAAGGAGAACAGCGAGAAGCAGCCAACAGAGGUCGGAUGAGAGAGGAGAAGCUGCAUGAGGAAAGAGGCACUGGAAGAAAUGAGGAGGUAAAGAAGACGACCAGAUGGAGAGGAGGUUCAGUGAGAAACGACUAGAACAAAAGGAC